AUGGAGGUUCAUACGUUGGUUUGUGCGCCGGGGAAGCCUCUUCCCCCCGCACAACCCCAGCUUUCCGCAGCCGCUGCGCCUGAGAAGAGAAAGCGGGUCCGUCGAUGGCAUCACCGAGGAUUUACAGGCUGUUCGACAUGUCGUCGACGCCACGUCCGCUGCGACGAAGCAUCGCCAUCCUGCAAAAACUGUACACGCCUGGGUCUUGAGUGUGAUGGCACUCAAGGUCGCAUGACCUUCAAAGUCUACGGACCGCCGCAAGCGGAUUCGUCUCCCGCCACUGCCAAGAAAUGCGACAAAAAGAUCAAGAUCGAAGGGGACAAUAAAGUGAAGCAGGAACCGGCAGGAGACGAGAAUGAGUCCUUCGAAACCUUAAUUGUGUCUCCAACGACAGUGUCCGACAUGAAGCCUAUCAAAUAUCGCUUCCAAGAACCCAUUUCUCCUGCCGAGUUUUUGUCGUCGUCUCUGGACUGCGUCGAAGGCCGGUAUUACACUCAUUUCGUUGACCAGGUCUCUACUUUACUCCUCAUCUAUGAUAAUUCGAACAAUAUCAACCCCUACCGAAGAUUCUUCCCUGAGCUCGCUCGAUCCUCAACGUCAAUGGCCAGCGCUAUGCAAGCCAUGGGUGCGUUGCACCUUGCCAAUACAUCCAGAGGACAACAGCGAAACAAGCACUUCCAACAAGCCAUGAGCAAUUAUGGCGAGGUUGUCAAGUCAUUCAGAACCCGAUAUACAGACCCCAAUCACACCGUGCGGCUAACUGAUUUCGCCACCUGCCUUCUACUGUCACUGUUUGAGAUGAUGGAUUCUCAACAUCACAAUUGGGCUAUCCAUCUGAAGGGUGCCCGAGAAAUCUAUCGAAUACUUUUCACCCCCAAUGACGACCCCGACAAAGAAGCCAAGCGCCUCGCUGAAAUCAAUCACCCACUUCGACCCUUCCUCGUAUCACUGCUCUCAUACUUAGACGUUGCGGGUGCCUGUGCCACCAGCGAGGGAACCGUGGUGGAAGGCAGCUACUGGACAACACACGGAGGUGGCUGGGAAUACAAUCUAGGUACACCAAGCCUAUCGGCCGAACAACCCGCUUACAGUCACCACCUCGUGGAAUUGCGCCAAUGUUGGUCUGCUAUGAUGGAGAUUCAAGCAGCCAUCAGUGCCUUUGGAAAAGCGAAACAAGAUGGUCUGAUGCCCUUCGAACAACAAGACCUGGCUUAUCACGAGCUAUUACAGCGGCUGGUGCAAUGGCGUCUGAACGCACCGCAGGCACUGCAGACUUUAGGCGAACUAGACGAUGAGAGCUUGCAACAAUAUCCCUACCCCGAUGUCCUUGAGUAUGCCGGAUGUAUCGAAGCAUAUGAGAAGGCCACCAAUAUAUUCCUACAUCGGGUUGGAGCGGCGGGGCGUCCUGAUAUACAGCCUCAAAGGGUGCUGUUAGACAUGCUUGCUACUCGAAUUUUGGCGUUGAUCGGAAAGCUCGCCAAGGACGUGGGCCAAUUGGCGGUACUAUGGCCACUCUUCACAGCUGGCCGAGAAUCACGGAACUUGAGUGAGCAGAAAUUUGUGCGGCAGACCAUGACUGAUCUCCAGCGGUUCGGGUUCAAGAACGUUGACAAGGCCCUCGAGGAACUGGAACAAGCGUGGUUUAAGCAGCGAGCUUUCCCAGAAGGCUGGAUUGAUACCAUGGACGAUAUACGCUCUUCUAUCCUACUCCCUUGA